UCUACUUUAAAAAAAUCCCGGCUUUCCUCCAUGUUAGAUGUGAAAUGGAAAAUGGGAAGGAUUUAGAAGAAAUCCCUGGUGUCUCCAGCCAAGUUGGAGAAAGGGAGGAAAGAGGUAAAGCUUCAAGCUGCUAUCUUUCAAGAUCACAGUAAACUCCCAGAUCUCUAGGAAAAUGAGAGUGUCUUGAUUCAAACGGACAGGGGAAAGACAAGUUAUUUUAUUUUUCUUUCAAAGUGGACAUUCUCUUUCUUAACCAGCAUGGUAAAGUGAGAGGGCAAAGAGCAGCAACCUGGAAAAUGUCAAAUCUGAGCCAAGAGUACCCAGCUAAGUGAGGGUAAACACGGAACUUGGGCGCUCAUUCGCUUUUUCUUCAUGCGCUCCUAGAAGAACUUGGAGAGAAAAGAAUAGUCCCAGUAAGAAUGAAUUGCAAAGAGGACCGAGAACACAGUGGUUGCCCCAGCGAGGAUGUAAAGAAACCACUAAAGUGUGUAGUGGUCGGAGAUGGUGCAGUGGGGAAAACCUGCUUACUGAUGAGUUACGCCAAUGACGCCUUCCCAGAGGAGUACGUUCCUACUGUGUUUGACCACUAUGCAGUUACUGUGACGGUGGGAGGCAAGCAGCACUUACUUGGACUAUAUGACACAGCAGGACAGGAGGACUACAACCAACUGAGACCACUCUCCUACCCCAAUACCGAUGUAUUUCUCAUCUGUUUUUCUGUUGUAAAUCCUGCCUCUUAUCACAAUGUCCAGGAAGAAUGGGUACCAGAACUGAAAGGCUGUAUGCCUCAUGUCCCUUUUGUCCUCAUAGGAACACAGAUUGAUCUUCGGGAUGACCCCAAAACAUUGGCUAGGCUGUUCUACAUGAAAGAGAAACCCCUCACUUAUGAGCAUGGAGUGAAGCUUGCCAAGGCGAUUGGAGCACAGUGCUACUUGGAAUGCUCAGCUCUGACACAAAAAGGCCUUAAAACAGUCUUUGAUGAAGCAAUACUCGCCAUUUUUCAUCCCAAAAAGAAGAAACAGCAUUGUUCUAGAUGUUGCCACAGCUGCUGCACCAUUGCAUGAGAUUAUUUGAGAUACUGUUCCAAGAGUGCACAGGAGUGAGGAUGCCAGUCCAUCCUGGGGACUCCCAUGGGAGGCCCCCUGGAGGAAGUACAUGACCAGAGGAGGAAUUCACUUCAAACCAAGAUCUUCCUCCAAUCUGUGAGACUUCACAUUUGUCAAGCCAAAUAUUCUUUUCUUCCUCAAGUCCCAUACUCUUAAAAAAAAAUACACUGAGCCAAUAUUAGUCAGAACAGCUGUUGCUGAUGUUGAAAACAAAAUCAAAAGCAAUCAAACCUUAGAGACAAAUUCAGUUACAGUUUGGCAGCUUUAAUAUAUGUCGUUACCAAUAUACACAAAUCCAAUACAAAGUAAUCAAUAAUUUUUUCCUUGAACUACCGUUCUAUCCACAUUUAUCUAACAGAUAUGCAAUGUUUCAAGAAACUUAUUCUAUCCUGAUUUAUCCCACUACUUAGCCUAUGCUGUGUCUGUUCACUAACAUUUUAUAUUUCAGUGUUCACACCAAAGACUUCAGAAUCAACAUUUACCUCCAAUCUCACUUCUGAAUAUAUGAAGCCAAAGAAAACUUUAAGACUAUCAAAUUAUCUAUACAUUGAUAGAGUCAUGUUUCUAACCAAGAAAGAAAGCUAUGGGAAUUUUUACAGACUUCAACUAAAAAAAAAAUGUGUCCUUAUUUUUGCCAAAAGUGCUUAUGUAAAAAUCAAGAUAUACUGGGGUCUUAUGGGUUGACUGUCAACUUAUUUAAUGAUGGGAUUUUAAAGCCAGGAGAGUUCCUGGAGAUGACCUAAUACAAUUUCUUCAUCUUACAGAGGAGGAAAAUGAAGCUCAGAGAAGCUUAGAGUUUUGCCUGAAGUGAUUCAUGGAUCAAAGAGAUCUCUGUUUCACACCCAAUUUGGAGAAACGGGACAGUUCCAGGAAAUAUCUAAAAGUGGGCAAAAUUAGUCUUCUCAAUUUUCAUUCUCCCUUUUUGCCUACAGUGGCACCUCUUCAUCCUUGCACUUGUCAAAACCUACUUCCAAAGAAUUUGAAAAUCUUCACCCUGAAUUGGAAAGGUCUGAUUUAAUGCAAUUAAAUUCACCAAGAUUUUAAUUAACUACACAAAACCCUGUCAAGAUAUUGCCUAUUCUUCCUGGAUUAUUGUACUAUAAUAGGCUACAGAGCCCUAAAUAGGACAGAACAACCAUGACUUUACCCCAAAUUUAGAUGAUGCAAAAAAAUUACUUCUUAAGAAAAAAAUGAAUCUAACAGCUAGUUCUCUAGAAAAAUUAUUUAGAAUAAAGAGCCACUAGAUAAAUAACACUCAUCUGGGAACUGUUGUAAACAUGGUUCCUUUCUCACUCAAACUGAUUUAUCUUAAUUAUUUCCUUUUUUAUAUUGCAAAGAUGAUUUAAGGGUAUAGUUUCAUGCUGCCUGCCCCAAACAUCAGAAUUACUAGUUAUGUUUCUGUUAGGCAGAUACAUCCUGAAGCUACAGAGUGAAAAAGCUUCCACAGCAGAAUUUCAAACAUCCACUGGCACAUAUAAGAGUUAUUUGUUGGAUCAGCGGGACAUUCCCAGCCAUCCAGAGUUAUGACACAGAGUUAUCUAUCUGCUCUGCCUAUGUGGAAGUCCUUUCCUAGGACUACUAAACAGCAAGCAAGGCUCAGAAAAUCUCUAGAGAUCAGCCAUGUUUGACUGAAAGGAUUUUAUCACUUUCUAUUAAUUGUCUAACUUGCAAUAGCUUCUCCUGGUUGUUGCAGAAUACAUCGUAUUCUAUGUGAGUAGCUUUCCUCAGUAGGGCUUUCUUAGGGUGAGAUGCAUUUUUUCCUAUUGCUGAUUCUCCCUUCUCUCUAUACUUAUCAUCACAGAUAACUUUUCAGGAGAUGAGUUGGUUCCAUAUUCAGUCUUAACCUUUUCUCUAAGAUUCUCUCUGGCACCAAUCUUUAUUUUCCUCCACAAUAGAGAAAGUUACUGCUAUACUCUUAAUUAGAAACAAUAAGAACUUAUUAAUCCAUUUUAUAAAUACCCCGGAAACACCUAAGGAAUAUCUUUAUUUUAUUUAUCUCUUACUUUUUCUUAAAGGUCUAUUCUCAGACAAAGAAUGAAAAUAUUUAUACUUCUGAAUACUGCCAGGCCCAAAUGGUAUUAGAGAAGAACUGUCUAUGAGGUAGCUACAGGAAGAGAGAUGCAGACUUGGAAUAAAGUCACAUGAGAAGUAAAGAAACAAAUUGCAGAGGAUAGGAUCAUUUGUUACUUGGGAAUUUUCCUACAAAGCUGAUCUAUCUUUCAUAUUACUGCCUGGAUAUAUAGGAAGUAUCUAAUAUUGUCUUGUUCUUUUCCUCUUCCAUCCCUCUUUUCUUUCAUUUUUAAACCAUGUUUUCUUACCUGAUCCCUUCUCUAACAUAUGCCUCUAUUAUACAAAAAUAGGAAAUCUGAAAGUGGAAUAUUGAUAGUGAGAGGGAACAGAGUACUUUAAGCUUUUGCAACUAGAAAUCCAUAGGUUAUAAAAUAUGACUCUAUAGAGACCAAUUUUAUCUUGUUUGUGCAGUAAUGAUUAUUUAGCAGGGUUACAAAUGAGAUAUCAUUGGCAGAGUUUUGCUAUGAUAUUGCACACUAGCUUCUUGCUAAAUAGUGUCUAAUUAGCAUUUGCUGGUGUGAUCUUUUAAAUGGAGUGACAUUCAGUAGCUACACUGAAAAAUUUUUUCAGGAUUUAUUCUUCUCUCUCUAGGUUUGCAUCCGCAUACAUACCCGGGCAAUGGGGAUUAAUUUUCUUAUUGUAUAAAUGUGUCUUCCUUUAUUCUUUCAAAUCCUGGAAAUGAAUUUAGUGUUUUAAAAAAGAAGUAACUAGUCAGUCUUAGGAUUUGAAGCUGGAAGGUUCAUCAGAGUUCACCUGUUCUAGAAGACUAAUCUCUCUGAUUUUACAGAGGAAAAUGAGACCAGGAAGGGGAAGGUUCAAGAUCUUAGGGGAUGUAAGUAGAAGAACCAGAAUUUAAAACAAGAUCUGCUCAUUCUAAAUUCUUCCAAACCACACUGCUUCUUGUUAAAUCCAAAGAAGGAAUGAAAAGUCCUAUAUAAUCUUGCCUCCCAGACUUCAAAUCAAUUUUCAAUUCAAUUAAAGUUGAAUUGAAAAUGCUUAUGUGAACUAAUCCCUCCACCUCAACAUCAAUCACUUGUUCCCUAAUUAAUGGCAGAACCAGGUUCAUUGUGUUUCUUUACACAUAUAUGCACAAAGACCAUCUCUAACUAUCUCAUUCUAUGAAUGAGGAAACUGAGACUUAGAGAGGUUACAUGACUUUGUCAAGUUCAUGCAGCUAAUUAGUGGCGGGAGCACUAAUUAGUGACUCCCAAAGUAAUGGCAAAUUAAUAUAUAGCUCAAAUUCACAGUUAUAAAAUCAGUUGAAUGAAUGAAUAGAUGGAUAACUGAAUAAUUUAAAAGCUUCCCUAGAUAUAGAUGUCAAAGUUUGGUCAAUCUGAGAAUGGUUGCUUUUGAAUGUUUUGGGAGGAAAUCUAUUUGCAUGAAUAUCUUUUCUUUUUAAAUUGUCUGAUUUGGGCAAACCUUAUGAAAAAUUGUAUAUCAAGGUGUGAAAUCUCCAGGAGGAGUAAUAAUUAGACAUGCCUUUUAAAUACUAACAAGAUUCACCGUGAAAGCAUGGACUAUGGUUAGUGGUAUUUCCAUCUAUAGUUGAUUGUCCAGUCUUAAUUGGGGGAAAUUUCUUUGGGAAAUCUGCCAAAGCAGUUCUUGCUCACUUGUGAAUAACUAGAAUAUAAGUAUACUCUAGCAUUCCAGUUUUAAAAUUUCACUGCUGUAAAUUACCACAAAAUUUUAAUGGAUAACUAGUUUCUUCUUUUUGUUUUCUCAAAGAGGCAGUUAAGUCAAAACUAAGCCUUUUUUUUCUUUUAAUCGAGUUCUACUCUGGCAAAUCUGUACUAUAUGAUUUUGAAUUUGAUGGUGACUCAAGAUAGAGUUAAUGUUCAAGCAAGAGCCAUUUAGUUUUAUUUUUAGUCACAGUUUUCUCAACCAAUCUUUCAUGUGCUGAGCAAAGAUCAAGGGAAGUAACUGCCUAGGAAAUUGCUUAUAUGGGAUAUGAGGUAGUAUUAUUAGAGAAAGUGGAAUGGCUGAGCACUGGGUCUAAGGAUCAACAUUUUGUCAAACUGCCAUAGGUCCUUAGUCACUCAGUGUCUCAAUGGUUCUCUUUUGAAAGGAGAAAAAAAUUCUCUCAGAACAGAAAGGUUUUUUUUUAUUGAAGCUUGGAAAAAAAAUCAUAAACUUAAAGCUUCAAGGGAUAUUAGAGGCCAACCCCUUCAUUUUACAGAUGAGGAAAUUGAGAUCCAGAGAGAUUUUAAAAAAACUUGCUCAGAUUCACACAGACAGAAAGAGACUGAGACAAAAUACAAACCCAGACCUUCUUAUUAUUUUCAGAAUUUUACCUACCCAACAAGUUCUUUACAUCAAAGACGUAUUUAACCAGCCAGAUUUUCCCUUCAGAGGAGAGUAUUUACUUUAAGACCUAUAAUUUAAUAAAUGUAGAUAUCCUCUCCAUUACUAAAAUUAUGUAGUCGAUUAUUAGGCAUCUAAUCGGAGCAUUUCCAGUUUGUACUCUAUUGAUACAGCCUUUAAGCCAUUUUUCCACAACAAGUACAUUACUUACUUGGGGGAAGAAAUUUAAAAAUUUGGCAUUCUUUUGGUCAACCUGAGUGGUGACUUUUUAAUGUAUUGGGACAAUUGAGCAUCGGGACAAUUGAAUGCACCGGCAAAAUGUUUAUUUACUUUAGCAUCAGGUUGUCAAGAAGUAGCUUGUUUUACACAACAAUAUUUCCUCUACAAGAUUUCACUGGCACAAGUGAGUUCAUUUGCUUUCUACAUCUCAGUUUUCUCAUAUGUAAGAUGAGACAGUUGAAGGAGAUGACUAUGUUCACUUAACAUUUCUAAAUUUAUGAUCCCAUGAUCUGCUUCUCUUCUGGAAUAUCAUAUGUUCUUUUUUCCCAGAAAGUCAUAAGCUGUGAGCCAAGCUGAAGAUUCCUUACUUUCAACUGCCCGAUUAGACAGUAAAAAAACACAGAUAUGUGAUAUGGAAAUGUCACUACAUACACACAUUCUUAGUGAAGCUUGGACAGGGACAUCUUAAAAAUAUUCCCUAGGCUGAUACUCAAAUUAACUACAUAAACCAGCCAAUUUAAAAAACUGCUGCUCUCUUUUAUUUUAUUUAUCCCUUGGGAUUCUUGCUAAACUCAGUUCCCAUCUAACAGUGAUGGGUGAAUGACCAAACAAACCUCUCAUGGACCAUUACACCAAAUAAAGAGAAAGUAGAAUUGUUUUGAUAGAAGCCAAGUUGGAAGAAACAAAGGUCAGAGAUGCCAUUGAGUUUCUCUGAUGUUUAUUUAAAAGGAAAGAAAAAAAUUACCAAGCAAAAAAUAAAUAUUUCCUAUCCAGCAUAUAAUAAGUUCUUUUCACUGGGAUCUGGUGCAAAAUAAUGAAGCUGCUACCAGUCUUAUAGAGAACCUUGAUAAAACUCAAAUGUGAGAACCAAACAAAAGUGAGUGAAAGAAGCUGAAUAAACUUAUUCGCCUCAUGGAUCAGGAGAGGCUACAUCCUAGGAUGACAAGAUAAUGACUUAGUCUCCAACAUGGCAUAUUCUGAACAUUGUAUUAAAGGCAUUAUCUUCCUGAAGGAACUCCAACUCCAGAGUUUCUUGACAAUUUAUUCAUUCAUUCAACAAAUAAUUUUUUUUAAGUAUGACUAGUUGCUAGUCAGAUUCUUCAGCUAGCAUCUUGCCCUCUAAUUAAACUCAUUUUUUGUGAGUAAGGAACAUCUAGAGAGCAAGACAUAGCCACUUAUCUCAGGAUUCAUAAACUGUGGUGAUAAUUCUUUCCAUGUACUCCAAAAGACUCUAGAAAUUUUUCUUGAUCAUUAGUGAUCAGUAUCUUUGUAUCUCUGCAUCAAAACCAGAGUCUCCAUUGUUCUGAUUCAUAUGGCAGAGUAUUCACAGUGGGUCUCAUAUAUUAUUUGAAGGGUCUAUUCCUUCUCACAAUGGUUUGUAUUAUACUUAUUCUCCAAAUAUUAAUUAUAUUAGUCCAGAUACCAUUUGUUUUUAAUGGAUGUAACUCAGGAUAUGACGGUGACAUACAGCAUGAAUUCCUAUGCUUUGUUAGCUACAGGUCCGGAAAACAUAAAACAGCUCCUUAAAGAAGUACUAAGUAUUCUCUCAUGGGAUGGCUUUUUAUUUUCAAUCAAUAAAUAUUUAUUAAAUACCUACUACUUUUAGAACUCACUGUUCAGGCCCUGCCUAUGGAAAGAUUGCAAACUUCUUUGAAAAUUUUCAGCAAUUUACAAUAGUAGAAUGUAAGAAGUCUUGAUCCUAGAAUCCAAAGGACUUGCAUUUUAACUCCUACUUUGAACCCUUACUAGUUGUAAGAUCCUGGAUACUUAACCUCCUUGACCUCAUCUUCCCAUUAUGUAAAAAAUGAAUAAUAAUAUCACCUCCAGGGCUAUUGUGAUAUUCAGAUACGAGAAGCAUUUUGCAAACACUAAAGUGUUUGAAGUACAAAUAUCAAAUAUCAUUUUAAAAUCCAAAAUGAACCCUCACUCAAGGUUGGCUUUAAUAGGGCAAAUUUACCACAAUUUCUUUUUCCCUAUAAGCAUUCAUAGACGUAUAUUUAUCUAAAUGGAAAUGUAUCUGUCUGCCUUCGGACUUUCACAAGAUUUCUCAGUGUAAUCAUCCAAUUACUUCCUUUUCUGAUGCUUGUUUUCUUUUCAGGACAUUUGAAAAUCAGAAGGUAAAAAGGAGAGAGGCAACAAAUUUGGUGUAUAGAAUUGUUUUGUAUCACAGGCCCCACAACAUGCCUAUUUCGUGUGCUUUAUUCCCAAUCCCCUUACUUGCCUUUUCAUUUAUCUGGUGAGCUCUACUAUUCAAAUGAACAUUUUCUUACUGUAUUAAGCACAUCAAUGUUUGAUUCCCAAAGUCUGAUCCCUGAGUUUAGCACAGUUAUUCUCACCUCCAAAAUUCCCAUCUAGCAAACAGAUCAGGGCUAUGUAUUAAAUUCAACCUUGUGGCAAAGAAGGAUUUAACUUCAUCAAGCUCUAUAUUGCAACUUUGAUUUAAAAUUUACCAUGCUAGAAUCAGCAUUUGGAUGUCCAAAAACAAAUGGUUUGCUUAUUUAAAUGAGGAAAUACCUUGUUACUGGCUUCUUGAUCUGGUCCAAAAGUGAUCAAAAUUUCAUAUUUUAAAACAUUCCACAAAAUACAAAUAUGUUCAUUUUUGGUGGAGCCGGUAAUUAGUAUAACCAUUCUUCAGAAUAAUUUGAAAUUAUACAAAUAAAGUAGCAAAAAUGUUCAAAGUCUUUAACACCAAAAUUUCUCCAUUAUAUUUGUACCACUAGGAGAUAGGUGACAAAAUGAAAGGCUCUAUAUACAGCAAAAUAUUUAUUACAGAAUUUUUACCAGUAAUAAAGAACAGGACAUAAAAAUAGAUGUUUCCUAUUGAGAGAUGAUAACGAAAUUAUUGUUAUUUUAACACAUUAAUGUUAUGGAAUAUUAAUAUGUGAUAAGAGAAGACCAAGAUAAAGCAUGAACAGAAAAACAUGAACUUACAUGAACUGAUGCAAAUUAACUACAAUAUCUACAAUAUCUACAAUACAAUAACUACAACAUCUUAAAUGGAAAGAAUAACCAUAAUAAAAUAAUAAUAAAUUAAUCUUGCAAAAUUACAAAGGACAAGUUUACACCCAAAGAAAAAAAUAAAAUACCUCAUCCACUCCUUUGCAAAGGUGUAGAAUAUUGUAUGCAAUGUGAAUUUUUUUCAAAGUAUUGAUCAUUUUGACUGAUUUUUUCCUCUUCUUCCUCUUUUUUCUUUAAAUAAGUUUCUUUGGUAUAAGGGAUGAUUCCCUGAGAGACGGGAAGGAUGCAAAGGGAAAUGCAGGUAUUAUUUUUUUUUAAAAGCUUUCAAUGAAAGUCUAUUAAAAAUAGAAAAAAAAUUACAACAAAUCAGGACCAUGGCAUUAGUAUUGGUAUUUUUUAAAUUAGAAAGAGAACAAAAUUUUACUUUUUUAAGGAAACUGGAUUUUAAAUUUUACCGAGUCAAAUAGAUUCCAAAGGAUAGUAUCCUCUGUGUAAAUUUGAAGAGGGCAAAGGGGAGUGAGUUAAAAGACAUAAGUUAAAAACGCCCCAAUAGAUAUAGGCUAGAAAUUUAGGACUCUUUAUUUUGAUUCUAAUAUUUUUCAAUGUUGGAUCAGAUUUCUGAGGUCUAAAGAGAGGCAAUACACAUAAAACCAAAAAAAAAAUGUGAUAUUCAAUCACUUUAUUUUAUAUAGGAAUAAUUUUCAAACUAACAGGAUUAACAUUCUAUUUUAAAUACAUAAUUCUAUGUUUCUAUUUCCUUGAUAUAAUGACUAUUAACAAUUCUUUGAUAUCCUUUAUUAUAUGUGUACAUAGUAUAUUUUAAGAAAAUAAAUAUUGUUUCAAAUGUCAAAAAGCAUUUAAUGUUGCCAGCUGGGGUAGGGGGAAACCUGAAUGGGGAGGGGCAAAAGGCACUUUUUUUCUUUGAAUAAACAAUGCAGUUUUUAAAAUCGGGGGAAAUUUCUGUUUUGUUGCUCAGUCAUUUCAGUUGUGUCCAACUCUUUGUUAACCCAUUUUGAGGUUUUCUUGGCAGAAAUACUGGAAUGGUUUGCCAUUUCUCUCUCCAGCUCAUUUUAUAGGUAAGAAAACCGAAGUAAACGGGGUAAAGUCACUAGCCCAGGGUCGCACAACUAGUAAUUAUCUGAAAUAAAACUUGAACUCACAAAGAUGAGUUGACUAUAACUCCAAGCCCAGCAUUCUAACCACUGUGCCAGAAAUCUCUAUAGUUAAUUACAAAAAUGAAAAUGUUCAAGAUCAUUGCCAUAUAAAUUAUAGCUGAAUAAGGAACAGUCAUAUCAAAAACAGACUGGGAUUACAUUGGAAUGUUAAGAGUAAAUUGGGGUUUGGGGAGAGAGAAUAUAAGUACUUGAUAAAAGAACAAAGCUUUAGGAAGAUGGGUUAGCAUACAAAAUGGUCAGCUCUUAUAAUAUUUUAUAUAUUUCUGAUCCAUUAUUGACGCCCCAAACUGAAUCUCUGCUCCUUCAAGUCUAACCAUGUCACUCACUUGGUAGAGAAAUUUCAGUGACUCACUAUUGCCUCUGGUAAACUAUUUAGCUUAUUACUUAAAAUCCUUCCUCAUUUGUUCCUAGUCUACCAUGCCAGGUUUAUUGUAUAUAAUUCUACCAUCAUGAAAUCUUCAUUGCUGUUGAAUUGGCCAAACUUAUCCCCUCAAAAAUUGGGAUUCCAUCUCCCUCGUUGGUGUCUUUUGCAUAAGUCAUCCCCUAUGGCCCAAAUGUACUUCUUUAUCACCUCAGAGUAGAGUCAAUACCUACCUUCCUUCAAGACAUUUACUUUCAGCUUAUAUAUCUUUUCCUUUGGUACAGUAUUUCCUAAACCCUAUAGUCAAUAAGAUUUGCUACAUUCUUUUCAAAUUAUGGGUAUAGUUGUAUUUAUAUAUUCUAUUUACAUAGUAAAAUAUACACUUUAUGAAGACAGAACCUUUUUUUUGCUUUCCUUUUUAUUUAAACAAAAUUUGAUGCAUAUUUUUUUGACAGUGUCAAUUGAGGUUAAGUGACUUGUCCAGGGUCAUACAGCUAGGAAGUGUUAAGUGUCUGAGGUCAGAAUUGAACUCAGGUCCUUCUGACUUCAGGAUGAUUCUCUAUCUACUGCACCAACUAGCUGCCCCUGUUAUAUAAUUUUCUUAUUUUUGCAUUUCUCAUCAUACCCAUCUCACUCCCAUUCCAUCCCACUGAAAACCAUCUUUUUUUAAUCAUUUAAUUGUUUUACUUUUUCUGAUUAUACAUAUAUAUUAACUUUUUAAUACACAUUUCUUUAUGGAUCAUAUUGGGAGAGAAAAUUCAGAACAAAAUGGAAAAACCACAAGAGGCAAAAAAACAGAAAAAAGAUGCAAACAUAGCAUGUGUUGAUCUACAUUCAAAUUCCAUAAUUCUUUUUCUGGAUACAAAUGUCAUUUUCUAUUCAAAAUUUAUUGGAAUUGCCUUGGAUCAUAGAAUCACUGAGAAGAACCAAGUUUUUCAUAGCUGAUCUUCUUACAAUCUUGUUCUUACUAUGUAAAAUUUAUUCCUGGUUCUGCUUGUUUUGCUCAGCAUCAGUUCAUGUAAAUCUUUCCAGUCCUUUCUAAAAUCAACUUGUUCAUCAUUUUUUUAUAAAACAAUGAUAUUCCAUUACCUUCGUGAAUCACAAUUUAUUCAAUCAGAUGCCAUAACUAAUGGGCAUCUAUUUUCCAUUUUCCAAUUCUUUGCUACCACAAAAAGAGCAGUUUACAAACAUUUUUGCACAUGUGGGUCCUUUUCUCUCCUUUAUGAUUUCUUUAAGAUACAGAUCCAAUAGUGGCACUGCUGGGUCAAAGGAUAUACACAAUUUUACAGCUCUUUGGCCAUAGCUCCAAAUUGCUCUCUAGAAUGGUUGGAUCAUCUCACCACUCCACCAACAAUGCAUUAGAGUCCCAGUUUUCCUACAUCACCCCCAACACUUAUCAUAACCUUUUCCUGUCAUCUUAGCCAAUCUAAGAGGUGUGAGUGGUACUUCAGAGUUGUUUUAAUUUGCAUUUUUCUAAUCAGUAGUGAUUUUGAGCAUUUUUUCAUAUGACUAUAGAUGGCUUUAAUUUCAUCAUCUGAAAAUUAUCUCUUAAUAUCCUUAAUAGUGAAAAAAAGGAAAAUAAAUAAAGGUGGGGGAGGAAAGUUCAGUAAAAUUAAUCAGUUUUUAAAAACUGAUAUUAUAUUUAAAGUUCUACUCUAUGGUACCCUAUGUCUGCAAAGAAGAAAGGGAAUUAUUCCUUCUUUGGGAUGGUUUUAUCAUAAUUCUGUAACAUUACAUUUUAAUUGUUUUGGUUUUGUUCUUUCCAUUUACAUUGCUUUAUUUCAUUUUGUAUUAUUGUUAUCUUGGUUUGGCUUAUCUUACUUCUCUUUGGUUCAUAAAAUCAUUCAAUGCUUCUCCAUAAUUAUUUCUUAUAGCACAGUAAUAAUUCAUUACAUUCAUAUUUAACCAUUCUCCAAUGAAUGGACAUCUAUUUUUGUUCCAGUUAAUUGCUACCAUAAAAAGUGCUACUAUAAAUACUUUGUAAUAUAUGGGAUCUUUCUUAUCAUUACUGACAUUUUUGGGUUAUGAGUAACUGAGGGAAUCUCUGGGAUCUCUGGAUAUAGACAUUUUAUAAUCUUUGCAUAAUUCUAAAUUCCUUUUCAGAAUUGGUUCAAUAAUUGUGAAAUUAUUUCCAAAAACUCCACCAAUAAUGUAUCAGUGCAUCUUUUCCACAGUCUCUGCAAUAUUGAUUAUUCUCAUAUUUUGUUAUUUUUUCCAAUGUAAUUGGAAACAAUAACAGAAUAGUUUUAUUUGCAUUUCUCUUACUGUUAGUGAACUUAAAUAUUCUUUUAUAUACUUGUUUUAAAAAUUGUUCAUAUCCUUCAUCAGUUAUAUUAGAAAACAACUUUUGGUCUUAAAUAUUUCUUUUCAUUAGCUAGAUACAUUUAGCAAUCAGAUCCUUAUCAGAUACAUUUCAAUAAAUUUUCUCCCAGUUGAUUUUCCCUUCUUAUUCAAGGUGCGAAACCUCCCUCAUGAAAAAGCUUUUCAAUUUUAUGAAAUUGAAACUAUCUAUUCUAUUUUUUGUAAUAAUCUCUGUCCUUUGUUUGAAUAGGAAUUCAUUCUCUGGCUAUAGUUAUGAAAGAUAUAUUAUCACUUUAUCCUCUAAUUUUGUUUAGCAUAAUCUUUAAUAUUCAGAUUGCAUAUCCAUUUUAAAUUUAGUAUAAUAUAUGGGAUAAUAUUUUCAUUUCAACCUAAUUUCUGCCAUAUUACUUUCCCAGCAAUUCUUGUUAAACAGAGAAUUCUUUCCUAAGUAAUCUAUAUUUUCAAGUUAAUCAAACAUAUAAUUCAAUUAUUUCUGAUUUCCUCUAUGUCUAGUCUAUUCCACUGAUCUACUUUUUAAAAAAUUUUAAAAAUUAUUUUGAUAAUUAUUGCUUUAUAAUGCGCUUCAGAGUCAGAAAGUCCUUUCUCCUUCUCAUUCCAACUGUUCCACAUUCUUUCAUUUUCUAGAUGUUUUGUUCAUGCAAAUGAUUUGCUAAUUUUUUUUUAGCUCAUUAAAAUAUGCCUUUGGUAAAUUGA